AGCACAUGGCCUCGCCCAGCAAUGGAGAGAUGUGAACUCUUCCUAACUGUUUCAGUGCUGAGCUGCCUGAGUCAUGGCUGGGAGGUUCAGGUGCCAGAAUCAGUUAAAGCUGUUAAGGGCAGCUGUGUGAUGAUAUCGUGCCACACCAGCUCACACAGUCACGUGAAUUGGUUCAAGUAUAAAGGUGUAGGGUACCCUGUAGUGUAUUCUAGAAACACUGCAGGUAUAAUAGCUGAGUUUAGAGGAAGAACAUCAGUGCCUGGAAGUCCCAGUCAGGGAGACUGCAGCUUGAAGAUCAACAAUGUCCGCCAGGAAGAUAAUGGGAUAAGCUUGUAUCCAUGGAUCUAUCCAGAGACAUCUAGCAACCAAUAUAAAUACAUCCUAAUAAAUGUCUUGAACCCUGAGGUUAGCAUUUCCGUUGAGAACACACAAACGGAUGGAAAGUUAUUCUCUGCCAACUGCACAGUCCAGUAUUCCUGUCCAUCGUCCCCACCACCGUUAGAAUGGAUGGGUUUGUCUUACAUUUCUAACAACGUUACCAGCACUGUGGUCUCAGGAGGACUGUGGACUUUGGUGGCACGUGCUCAGUUCAGAGCAAACCGUCUAGACCACAACAGAACACUCAGCUGCAACAGCACAUUCAACGGCAAAUCUAUAUAUAGUACAACUGUUAUGCUCAACAUCUUAUUCCCCCCCUCCAUCCUGAUGAACUCAACAUGCUUUGUGUCAGCUGGAGGUGUCCAGUGCGUGUGUCGAGCAGAAGCAGAGCCCCAAGCUAACAUCUUCUGGAUGGUUGAUGGGAGCAGCGCUGUCCACCCACACUUUAACACAACGACUACAUAUGCUGGAAGAAUAGCAGUGUCAGAGCUGACAGGACCGCCGGCCAGCAACGUGUCCUGUAAGGCGUCUAACGUUGUGGGGACAGACACUUACCAGAUGCCAAUCCUGCAUCCACUGUCAGAAGGUAGUGCCUUUCUAAAUGGUGUGUGA